AAAUUUGUCAAAGUCAAAAUCAAAUCACAUUUUGGGACUUCUAAAAAUAUGGCUUGCACUUAAUCCUAUCAGCCAACAUAAUGAAAAAAGUAACGAUGGAAAUCGCCAGCUCGUUGGAUGGCUUCACCAGAAACUUGUAUCAUCAUUUAGUCGAUUUGAAUCCCAACAAGGAUUUAAUAUGCUCGCCACUGUCUAUACAAACCAGCUGUGCAAUGUUACGCAUGGGCGCAGAUAAGGACAGCGAGACAGCCAGACAAUUAGACGAGGGAAUGAACUUCAAUUCCAUUAAUGUCAAGGAGCUAGCUGAGAGGUUUCACACUGUACUCGAUUAUUAUCUGCAGUGUAGAGUUUUACAUAUGGCCAACAAGGUGUAUAUUAUGAAGAGAUAUCAAGCCAGUCAGGAAUUCGUCAAAGUAUUGACUCAAAAGUUUCUCUCUCAACCCGAGAAUAUUGAUUUCUCCCUUAACGAGCAAGCAGCUGAAACCAUCAAUAGUUGGGUUAAGGCCAAGACGAACAACUUGAUCAAAAACCUAGUCAGCCCAAGUAUUCUGAACGAUGAAAGUCGACUCGUGCUGGUCAAUGCGAUUCACUUCAAGGGAGAGUGGAGCAUCAAGUUCGAUGAGAAUAAGACUAAAAGGGAAGAUUUCUUUUUGGAUGAUAAAAACAAGAUUCAAGCACCCAUGAUGAAUUCUACGCAUAACUACUACUUUGCUGAGCUGCCAGACUUAGAAGCAAAAGCCUUGAGCAUACCUUAUAUAGAUACUGCACUAUUUUUGCUAGUCGUAUUGCCCAAUAGCAUAACUGGCCUAAAGGAUCUGGAACUGAAGCUGAGAUCAACACAGCUUGAAACAAUAACUUCGUUGCUAACUCAACAAAAAGUUGUUGUCAAGCUGCCCAAAUUCAAAGCUGAAUUCGAACAAGAACUAACACCAGUCUUCCGAGGGCUGGGCAUGGAAAGGAUCUUCAGUGAUCAGGCUGAAUUUGGCAAAAUACUUCAGCAGGGCGAGCCGCUGAAAGUGUCUAAAAUCGUACAUAAGGCCUUCAUCGAAGUCAACGAAGAGGGCACUGAAGCUGCUGCAGCAACUGCCUUGGUUGUGAAGAUGAUAAGAAGUGCGCCUCUAGAGCCAAAAAUCCAAAUAUUUCAUGCCAAUCAUCCCUUUUACUAUACCAUCUACGAUGCCAACCAUGGAUGCCUGUUUGUGGGAAACCUCCACAAUCCAGCUGAUCAGUUGAACAGUACCCUAUGCGUCUGUUAAUAAUUAAAAAAUAUUAAAUUAAUUAGUCAACUCUA